AUGCCUCCAAAUUUCAUAGCACCAAAGCCUCAACAAUACUUCAAUACUACUACUCUCUCUUUGGAAGGAUCACCACACAAUGAACAAUCAUUACCAAAACUCAUUAUGCAUCCCAUUACUUUGAAGUUUGAGGAUUUGGAGUACAAAGUGAAAGUAAACCAAAAAGAGAAAACUAUACUGAAUGGAAUCACAGGUAUGGUGUGUCCAGGAGAAAUACUAGCUAUGUUAGGUCCAUCAGGCAGUGGCAAAACAACACUCCUUACAGCUCUCGGCGGCCGUCUUGCCGGUAAACUAUCAGGAAAAGUCACCUACAACAAUCAAUCUUUUUCUGGUUUGAUAAAAAGAAGAACAGGUUUUGUUGCUCAAGAUGAUGUUCUUUACCCUCACCUAACCGUAACGGAAACUCUAGUGUUCACUGCACUUUUGAGGCUUCCACAAACCUUAACAAGAGAUGAAAAAGUUGAGCAUGUGGAGAGAGUUAUAAGUGAGUUAGGACUUAAUAAUUGUAGGAAUAGUAUGAUUGGAGGACCACUUUUGAGAGGUAUAUCAGGUGGUGAAAAAAGGAGAGUGAGUAUAGGACAAGAAAUGUUGAUUAAUCCGAGUUUGUUAUUGCUUGAUGAACCUACUUCUGGUUUGGAUUCUACCACAGCUUUAAGGAUCUUGAAUACUAUCAAAAAACUUGCUAGUGGUGGUAGAACUGUUGUUACAACAAUUCAUCAACCUUCUAGUAGACUCUACUAUAUGUUUGAUAAGGUUGUGUUGCUCUCGGAAGGAUGUCCUAUAUAUUACGGUCCUGCUUCGACUGCUCUUGAGUAUUUUUCAUCGGUUGGCUUUUCGUCCUGCGUGACUGUUAAUCCAGCUGAUCUCUUGCUUGAUCUUGCCAAUGGGAUUGGUCCGGAAUCUAAGCAUGUAACUGAACAAAGUGAGGCUUUGGAAAUUGAAAGGAAGAAUGUGAGAGAAACUCUCAUUUCUGCUUAUGACAAGAACUUAGCUACUAGGUUGAAAGCUGAGAUUUGUAGCAUGGAAGAGAACAACUUAGAUGCUUUGACAAGAAAUCAAAUAAAACCAGAGCAAUGGUGUACAAGCUGGUGGUAUCAGUUCACUGUAUUAUUGCAAAGAGGAGUGAAGGAAAGAAGGCAUGAAGCCUUCAAUAAGCUGCGAAUAUUUCAAGUCGUAAGCGUAGCGUUUCUUGCCGGACUCUUGUGGUGGCAUACACCUAAAUCACACCUUGAAGAUAGGAUAGCUUUGCUCUUUUUCUUUGCUGUUUUCUGGGGAUUCUACCCUCUCUACAACGCGGUUUUCACAUUUCCACAAGAGAGAAGAAUGCUAAUCAAAGAACGUUCAUCGGGAAUGUACCGUCUCUCAUCGUACUUUCUAGCAAGAACAAUAGGAGACUUACCUCUCGAACUCGCUCUUCCAACAGCCUUUGUGGUCAUAUUAUAUUGGAUGGGAGGACUCAAACCUGAUCUUAUGACUUUCAUUCUUUCACUUCUUGUUGUUCUUUACAGUGUUGUUGUAUCCCAAAGUCUCGGAUUAGCAUUCGGUGCUAUUUUGAUGGAUAUCAAACAGGCAACUACACUAGCUUCUGUGACAACACUUGUUUUUCUCAUUGCUGGAGGAUACUAUAUACAACAGAUUCCACCUUUCAUAGUCUGGCUUAAGUUCUUAAGCUAUAGCUACUACUGUUACAAGCUUCUUCUCGGUGUUCAAUACGGUGAAAAUGAUUAUUAUCAAUGUCCCAAUGGUGAGACGUGCAAGGUUUUGGACUUUCCGCCGAUUAAAUCGAUGGGAUUGAAUCAUAUGUGGGUUGAUGUGUCCGUUAUGGCGUUGAUGUUGGUUGGUUAUAGACUAGUUGCUUAUUUUGCACUUCAUAGAGUUAGGUAA